AUACGAUCGCGAGUUCGAUACAUAUGAUAUACAAUUUAACGUCGGUUCAGUUUUUGUUAUCACAUUUCAAAUUAAAUGUUGUUUCUCCCAGUUGCUGUGUAUCUAAUCAAGUCUUCGGUUAAAUGGAACGGAUCUUGUUUAAUAAAGGGCACAGUUGGUUAUAAAUAUUCAGAAGUUCGUAACAAAUUUAUCAAGACUGUUGGAGGAAUUUAAACGGAAAAUAUCUACCCUGCGUGAGGUGCUACUACUUUAUUAUAUGCUUCGAAUAUUAUAUUUUUCUGACUUUUAAAUAUAUCCAUGGCACUCUCUCGGAUAAAUUGUAAAAUCAACUGUACCCUAAUCAGAACUACGUAAGCGAAAAAAGACGACGAUCCUUCGAUGAUCGAACGAGAUUUAUCAAGAAACAUUAUCUAAAGAUUAUGUAAAAUUUUUAAUGGUAACAAAAAUAAUGGAGAAGUUCAUAGGAGCUCAUCAGCUAAAAGGGAUACUAAAAAAUUUUCCAAGGAAUAUAAAGUUUUCCUUUGCAUACGGAUCAGCUGCGUUUAAGCAGUUAAGCAAUCAGUCCAAUAACAUGUUGGAUCUUAUUUUUGUUGUUCGUAAUGUAAAUCAAUGGCAUGAAGAAAAUUUAGAACUCAAUCCAAAACAUUAUGCUCAACCUUUAAAGUUGUUUGGACACAGGGCAAUUACUAAUGUGCAAGAAAAUUGGGGUGCUAAACUGUAUUAUAAUACAUUAGUUAAGAUGGCAGGAGGAUAUACUAUCAAAUACGGAGUAAUCUCUGAAGUUUCGCUGAUAGAAGAUUUAUUAGAUUGGAAUGAUUUAUAUUUAGCAGGAAGACUACACAAACCAAUUAAAGUAUUAGUGGAACCAAAUGGGCAGUCUCAACUACCUACAGCUUUAGUACAAAACUUACAUUCGGCUGUUCAUGCUGCGCUUUUGUUGUUACCACAACAUUUUACAGAAAUUGAUUUUUAUAAGACUAUAGCCAGCUUGUCUUACAAUGGUGAUUUUAGAAUGACCUUUGGUGAAAACAAAGAUAAAAUUAAUAAUAUCGUUUUGCCGCAACUAGCGCAAUUUAGACAAUUAUACAGUCCGAUUUUGCAGCAUUUCGAAAAUUAUGUGGAUAUUCCAAAGUUAGAUCAAAUGACUGUCACCUGCCAUCAAGAUACAAAUCCAGCAACAAAGAUACAUCACUUGAAUCAAUUGCCUAGAACACCACAGAUUAAACUUGUUAGAGCCUGGUCGCAGGGUCCACGAUCAAAGGAUACAGAAGAUUGUUUACGUACGAUUGCAUACGAUCCCGAAUGCAGUGAAAUAUUAGAGGAAUGUUUAAAGCAAAUUGUCUGGAGAUCCAGUGUCACACAAAGUCUGAAGGGGAUCGUUACUGCUGGCCUUGUGAAAUCUGCUAAGUAUAGCGGAGCAAAGAUAAUGAAGAUGUUACAAUCGAGUCCGCAGACUGAUUUGCUACCGAAAACGGAGUCGGAUCAGAGUAAAGUCAAAAAAUUUGUAGAGACGGUGAAGAACCAGACACAGCCGAAGGAAACAAACAAGCGCAUAGAGUAGUAUUGAUUUAAUGCCCUGGCGAUUUUAAAAUACUGUUACCUAAACGGUCUGCAGUGUUCUUGAGUUUGUUGCUUUUUCUGGCUAGCAUAAACGUUAGCGGGCGUAAAUCAGCUACCGUCUGCCUGCGUUCAUUAAUCUCAUAAAGUAUUAUAUGUAUACACUGUAAUGUUACCUCUGUUGAAAAUGAAAUUUAUGGUACUUUCAGUGACUAAUUAAAUCUUGACAACAAUGGAUUCCGAUUCUGAGAGUCAAGAUAGUGACGAGGGCCGACGAUUUCGUUU